AACACAAACACGGAGUCAGUUGCUCAACCCGGCCUUUCUGUGAAGGUUUCAGAAUUCAAUGCAACAGACAGCAAAGGUGUGUUUUUCCCGUCUCCCUCGGCCCUCGCUUUCUUUCUCGGGAACAAGAGAGUAAGAAACAGAGGGUGACAGAAAAGGAAGGAAGGAAGGAAUGGACUGAAGGGAGAACCACACGCUCGCUCCUGCUGAUCCGUCGGGUUUCUCACAAAACGGUUUCGGCUUUCCUGGACCCAGAGGGACAGAACAAGAUUACACUCGGGAGAUCAAAAUUCGCACACACACACACACACACACACAAACCGACAAACCAACAGGAGGACAGGUUUUCCUGGUCGCCUUCCUAUGCCAAGGACAGCGAUGGGUCACAGAAACGUGGUGAAAAAUGGCAAGGAUGUUUUCUCAGGAAUGAGACUUUGCUGCUUCUUCAUCAUCCUCUUUUGCAACGGGGUGCUUGGAGAUGUUCUUCAGCUAGAAAGACUGUAUGGGAGAAUUGCAUCCCCUGAUUUCCCAAACGUCUAUCCCAACAGCAAAGAGAGGACAUGGAAUAUUACAGUGCCCCCUGGCUAUGCCAUCCGGAUAUACUUCACACAUUUCAACAUGGAGCUCUCCCACCAGUGCGAAUACGACUACGUGAAACUGCGCUCAGCUGGGAAAAUCCUGGCUACCCUGUGUGGGCAUCAGAGCACCGACACUGAGGAAGCCCCAGGGGACAAGACGUACUAUUCGGUCGACAACAAUUUAGCGGUGACCUUCCGAUCCGAUUACUCCAACGAGAAAGAGUUCACUGGCUUUGAAGCCUUCUUCGCUGCUGAAGACAUCAACGAAUGUGAACAGGAGGUCGACGGGGAGCCGCUCUGUGACCAUCGCUGCCAUAAUUACCUGGGCGGGUAUUACUGCAGCUGCCAGAUCGGUUACCAGCUGCACAAGGACAAGAGAACGUGCACAGCUUACUGUCCCAAAACGGUGCUGACAGCAAGAUCUGGAGAAAUCACCAGUCCGAAUUAUCCCAACCCAUACCCCAAGCUUUCCCAGUGCAAUUAUGGCAUCCAGGUAGAAGAGGGAUUUAUGGUAAUCCUAGAAUUCGUGGAGUCCUUUGAUGUAGAAACCCACCCAGACGUCCCAUGCCCUUAUGACAUCCUUAAGAUUAAAACACCCAAGCAAGAGUUCGGCCCGUUCUGUGGGAACACCCUUCCUCCCAAAAUUGAGACACGCAGCCACAACGUGGAAAUCCAGUUCACCACCGACCCCUCCGGCAUUCACACCGGAUGGAAGCUCAGAUACAACACAACAGCUCUGCCAUGCCCUAAUCCCAAAGCACCACCUCAUGGUCAGAUCGCUCCAGUGCAAGCGAAGUAUAUUAUGAAAGAGUCCUAUCAUCUCUCCUGCGAUGUUGGCUAUGUACUUUUGGAAAAUGAGCUCAUCAUAGAAUCCUUCACAGCCGUAUGUCAAAAGGAUGGCACAUGGAACAGGCCUAUGGCUCAAUGCACCAUUGUUGACUGCGGCCCGGCCGAGGAAGUUGCCAACGGGACCCUGGUCUAUGUUACGAGACCCAGCGUUACCACGUACCAAGCUGAGAUCAAAUAUAACUGUGAAGCACCCUUCUAUGCUCUGAAAGCAGGGCUUUCUGGGAGCUAUCACUGUGCCCCCGAUGGCUACUGGAGAAAUUCCAAGGGAAAGAAAGCGCCUCCCACCUGUGAACCAGUUUGUGGCGUCCAGUACUCAAACGUCUUGAGGCGCAUCUUUGGUGGGGCGAAGGCAUUGCCUGGCCAGUUCCCGUGGCAAGUUCUGAUCACCAAUGCCGAUGGAACCAUGGGGGGUGGAGCUCUUUUGUACGAUAACUGGGUCUUAACUGCCGCUCAUGUGAUUGCCAACCUGGUAGACGUUUCGUCCCUGAACCUGAAAAUGGGGCUACUAAACAAACGAGCUGCUCAUUACCAUCAGGCAUGGGCAGAAUCUGUGUUCAUUCACACGGGCUUCACCAAUGAUGGGAUCAACUUCGACAACGACAUAGCUCUGAUCAAACUGAAAUACCGAGUCCCCAUCCAUGCGAACAUCACCCCCAUUUGCCUGCCUGAGGAAAGCAGCAGAUUCCACGUGAAUGCGAGUGACGUCGGCGCCGUCGCCGGCUGGGGAAGAACAGAGAAAAGGAGGCAGUCCCCUUUCCUCUUGUACACUGAGCUAGAUGUUGUGGAUCCAGAGAGGUGCAAAGCAUCCUUUGCAAACCGGAUGAUAGAGGGAAAGCCGUUGGUGCUGACAGAAAACAUGUUCUGUGCCGGACAUGAGCAAGGGGGCAAGGAUUCUUGCAGUGGAGAUAGUGGAGGUCCGUUAGUCUUUCUGGAUUCUCAGACAGGAAAGCGGUUUAUUGGCGGCAUUGUGUCCUGGGGACUAGACUGUGGUGCUGCAGAGGUCUUUGGCGUUUACACCAAAGUCACGAAUUAUAUCUCGUGGAUCAAAGACAUCAUGGCACAAAAUGCGUAACAGAUCAUUAACAUUUGAUCUCAACAAAAUAAAACUCAAGUUGUCUUCUUUGUUCCAUAA